UCCUCCUGCAGCCUGCUGGUUUUGUCCUAGCGAAUAUAGAGACACACGGAAGGGUGUGAGAGCUCGGCGGAUAUUAAGGGGUCUCAACAUCAACACCGAAAACGGUCGAUCCGAAAAUUUCGUAUUCUCAUCAUUAGUGCUGGACACACGCACCCCUCCCGGGGCAAAAGGGGCAACCGAAGUCGUCAGUUUGGCAGCCGAAAUAGGAGUUUUCAUGAAUUUUAAAAUUCUGCACCAGAGGUGAACUGCGGUGGCUUUUCGUGGGGGUGGCAAUUAGUGAGCCCCACACAAGUGAUUCGAUCGAUUAAAUUGUGAAUUAUUUAUUUUGAAGUGAACUUUCUCCCGCAUUUUGAAGUGAUUGUCUCCAGUUUCUUGCAAGUGCCUCGCAGUGGAGCUUCGGAAGAAAAUGGGCGCUGGAAGUGCGUUCACGUGUUUUGUCCAGCCGCAAAAUGAUGCGUGAGGGCAUCGAAGUACCAGUGCCCGCCAGCUGACACGGUAGAACGAAAGAAAACCGAUUUCCGAGUGACCGAAAAUCUUUCGAAAUUUGAAAGCCUGUGGCCAAGUAGUGGAAAGUGAAACCCACCAGUAGCAGCAGUGGCAACAGCAUUAGCCAGUGAUUGUGCUCUGUCUACUAAACCUAUUACCUACUGUAAUUCAAACGUGAAGACCAGUGCAAUUUCGGAAUUUUACAAUCCACUAUUAACGGCCUAAAAUCCAAACCCAGUCAGUGCUCAACUAGUUCAAACGAGUGUGUCCGACGAGUACUGCGAUUGGUUAAUUGCAUCAACUGAAAAGUUUGACGAAACGAAAACUGGUGACUGGUGCCCAUCCGAUUUCAGUGUGCAGUGUAGGUGGAGAAAUAAUAUACAAAAUUCGAGAAAGGUGUGUGGAAAAUCGAUUAAGGUGUAGACCCAACAACAACAACAACGACGACGACUUCGACGGCUGAUUCGACCAUUGGACGGAAAGAAUUUUUAUGACUUUGCGACCUCUGAGAGGCGGUUCGGCGUUCAGUGUGUUAGUAGUGUGCUCUGUUUUUGGAAAUUUUCGAAACCCUCUAGGGUGAGGAGUGAAGCAAGCAGCAACAGUUGGGACGGCGUGUGGAGUGUGGAACGAAGGAACGAAGAACGGUGCACUGCAGAACUCAUUCAAGAUGGCUUGUGGUAUCUCAUGCGUGGACAAUGCACUUAAUCGGUCAUUUUACAAGUUGGGCCUCUUCAUCGGGCGACAUCCGGGCUACUUUCUCAUAGUACCGGUACUGUUGGCACUGCUCUGCAUGACCGGCUAUCAACAGAUCAGGUACGAAAUCGAUCCCGAGUACCUGUUUUCGCCGAUCCGCGGCGAAGGCAAAUCGGAGCGUGCCAUCGUCGAGAACUACUUCAAGGUCAACUACACACACCGGUUCAACGUGGGCCGCAUCACCCGACCGGGACGCUUCGGUCGAGUGAUUGUUAUAGCCAAGGAUGAAGACAAAAAUCUGCUGCGAAGCGAAGUUUGGGAAGAGCUUCGCCUGUUGGAUGGGAUAAUCCAGAAUGCAACCGUCCAGUACGAUGGUGACACGUUCACCUACCGGGAGACAUGCGCCCGGUGGGAAAACGAGUGCUUCACCAACGACAUCCUCAACCUGGAUCAAAUCAUCGGGGAGGUGGAAGCCGGCGAGUUGAACCUAACCUUUCCGGUCAUGUUCAACCCGGUCACGUGGGACGCGCACGUUUUUCCGGUCUUUUUCGGUGGGACGCAAGUGUCCGAAGACAACAUCAUCAUCUCGGUACCGUCGCUUCAGCUGGUGUACUUUGUGACGGCCGACUCGAAACGGCAGGACGCGCGCGGUGCCGCCUGGGAGGAAGCCUUUCUCGACGCCGUCGGUUACGCGGAAGAAAACGGCGUGUUCAAGCAUAUCUCGGUCGCUCGGUUCGCGUCGCGUACUCUCGAUCACGAACUUGAAAAGAACACCCGAACGGUCGUGCCGUACUUCAGCUCGACCUUCAUCCUGAUGGCGCUUUUUAGUGUAGUGACGUGUAUGAUGGGUGACGUGGUCCGGUCGAAACCAUGGCUCGGGCUGAUGGGCAACGUUUCGGCGGUGAUGGCGACGAUGGCCGCUUUCGGGCUGGCCAUGUACCUGGGCAUCGAAUUCAUCGGCAUCAAUCUGGCGGCACCGUUUCUAAUGAUCGGAAUCGGUAUCGACGACACGUUCGUCAUGCUCGCCGCCUGGCGACGAACCUCGGUAAAACUGUCGGUGCCGGAGCGUAUGGGUCACAUGAUGUCCGAAGCGGCCGUAUCGAUCACCAUCACCUCGCUGACCGACAUGAUCUCGUUCUGGAUCGGUAUCGCCAGUCCGUUUCCCUCGGUGCGGAUCUUCUGCAGCUACAGUGGCUUGGCCGUCUGCUUCACCUACCUGUGGCACGUGACUUUCUUCGCCGGAUGCAUGGCCGUUUCGGGACACUGCGAGUACAAGAACCUGCACGCCAUCUUCGGCUACAAGGUGCUCCCGGUGUCGGUCGCUAUCAAAGAAAAUCGAUCAUGGCUGUACCGAAAGCUCAACACCGGCGGAAUCAACCGGGACGACCCGGAUAACCCCAUCGACAAUAGGGAACACGUACUGAUGAAGUUCUUCCGCGACAAAGUGGCCAGCAUCCUGAACAAGGGUUGGAUCAAAGCGCUCAUCAUUGUGGUCUUCGCCGCCUACUUGGGUGGAGCAUGCUUCGGCUUGACCAAGAUCAAGGAAGGCCUCGAGCGAAGAAAACUCUCCAAAGCGGACUCGUACUCGGUCAAGUUUUUCGACUUGGAGGAUGAAUACUACCGGGAGUUCCCCUAUCGGAUCCAGGUGAUCGUGACCGGAGACCUAAACUACUCGGAUCCAAUCACGCAGAUGCAAAUUGAAGAUCUGAUGCAAUCGCUGGAGAAUACCUCGUACAUCACAUCCCCGCUGUACAGCGAAUCCUGGCUGCGGUCGUUCGUUGCCUACGUGGAUCGCAAUAAUGACUAUCUCAAUCUGACGCUGGACAGUGAGGAGGCGUUCGUUGCGGCACUUAAGGAGAUUUGGUUAUUCCCGGCGAAUCCGUUCUCACUGGAUGUGAAAUUCAGCGCCGACGGCAAACGCAUCGAAGCGUCACGUUUCAUGAUCCAGGCGGUCAACAUUUCCGAUACGAACCACGAGAAGAUCAUGGUGCAGGACUUGAGGGCGAUUUGUAAGCAAUCGUCGCUGAAUGCAACCGUGUUCCAUCCGUACUUUGUGUUCUUCGAUCAGUUCGAACUGGUGCGCCCGACGGCCAUCCAAUCGAUGGUGGUCGGAGCGUUGAUUAUGAUGUUGAUAUCGUUCAUUUUCAUACCGAACUUCCUCUGUUCGCUGUGGGUGGCGUUCUCAAUCGUGAGCAUCGAGCUGGGUGUGGCCGGGUACAUGAGCCUCUGGGAUGUGAAUCUGGAUUCGAUUUCGAUGAUCAACCUGAUCAUGUGCAUUGGAUUUUCGGUGGACUUUACGGCGCACAUUUGCUACACCUAUAUGUCCAGUAAGGCUCGUACGCCGGACGAGCGGGUGAGGGAGGCGUUGUAUGGACUGGGAAUGCCGAUCGUUCAGGGUAGUGUUAGUACGAUUUUGGGCGUGAUAGCGCUACUGCUGGCCGAUAGCUACAUAUUCUUGGUGUUCUUCAAAAUGGUAUUCCUGGUGAUCUUCUUUGGAGCAAUGCAUGGGUUGUUCCUGUUACCGGUGCUAUUGUCGCUCUUUGGGCCAGGAUCGUGUAGUUCGUACCCCGAAGAUGAUCUGAAGUUGUCUUCGGUGGAGAAAUCCUAUCCACAUCCGUACUGUAUAUCACAUCCUCAGCUGGCGUUGACGGGUGCUUUCGGAAGCAAGACCUUUCUAGGGGCUCCCUACAAGGCAUAUGGCGAUGAGAAAGAUCUAGGCCUGGGUACAUCCGGAGAAGACUCCAGCGAAAGCUCAAGCAGUAAAUCACAGCGAAGACAAGCGAUCGAAGAUGAGAAUACCAGAAGACGAUACGAGGAAGGUUGGCGAAGAUCGUCGCACAAUCUAACCGGACAGAGCCAAUUCCAGCCGGUGCUAGACCUGUACGGUCAGGAUGCCGUAUGGACGAAGCCAGCUGCCAAGACACCGAUAAAGAUCGGUGCCAGUCGAUACGGAUACGACGACAUGCUGAACAUUGCUCAAGGUCAAACGGCAACGACGAAGAAGAAGUUCGAUCCCGAUCGCGAGCGGGAUCGCCGAAAGUCUGAGGAAAACCGACCACGCAAAGCCCGCUACGAGGACAACCGAACGUUCGAGGACGAAGAAGUCGUAAACGACGAGUACCAGCAUACGAACCGGUACUACAUGUACGACACCAGCCACGUGAAGCGUCUAUCGAACGAUAGCCAGAACAGCGGAAGUGAUAGCAACAAUAGCCAGAACCGUCUCAAGUAUUCCGACGAGGGCGACAAUAACAAACACCGACGGUUCAGCGACGAGCGCCGGCCGAGGAAGUUCUCGCCGCCGGAGGGAAUCUACAAACAGAACCCGAACCGUUCGUCCUCGCAGCACAAUCUGUACUACCCAAGGCAACCACCGCAGCGGGCCGCGAGCCAGAGCAGUCUACACCAGCUGCGGCACAUGGGUGACAUGAGAUUUCCUUGAAAGCUAGCUAGAUCUGGUUAGCCUUUCUCUGUGUAUUAUGUGUAAACAAACGGUAGCAGCGGGUGGAUUUGUGUUUAGCAAUAACCUAGAACUUUAAGUAGGAAAUUCAAUGAUUUUGUAACACACCCCAUCCCAACACACGAGUGUCCAUCUUCCUACCUUGAUCCAACGAACCCAAACCCGUUCCCGUAAACUUCCCGUUUCAUCCCGUGUAUUUUUUGCUCAAAUGUUCAUUAGCUGUACGAAUUUAUAAGCGCAGUACCGACGACGACAAUUUGUAGUAAUCAUGACUGGUGCGACCUGGUCGGUCGCACACCUCUAUUUUCAUAACUUUGUUUAAGUAUGUAAGCUCUGACCCCGCAGAAUCUCUUCCCAUCCCCUAAUCUAACAGCCCUAAACCCAAAAAUAAAAUCGUAGAAGAAUCUCUCGGCUAUCUCCCGGAGACAACGCCUUACUACACUGUGUAUUAUAUUAGCGGAAAAAGGUGAAAGUGUGAGUUUAUUAUAUAUAUAUAUAUUUUUGAAGAGAAUGGAAGCGUACUAUAUUCGUGAGUGUGUGAGUGUGAGAAUGAGAACUGAAUUCUGAAAAGGAUUAUUAUAUUUUCGAUGAUAAAAUGCAAGACGUUCGCGCCCUCAUCUAACUUAAUCUUUAUAUAUAAUUAUGAGUGGCUAAUGAAGUAAAGUCUAAACACUGCAAAUGUGGAAGACAGAGAGUGUUAUUUAAUUUAAUUGUAAGACUAAGUUGAGAAAAAAAUAAACGAAACGGAAAAAAAUGCUUUGAACACUGGAACAAUGUUAAAAAUUAAGUGGAAAUUGAAAAGUAUACAACGAAUAAAACACGCAAGAAACCAUCCAUAAAAGUACAUGAUUUAUGAUCGAAAAAAAAGAAGGUUGGAGUCCGAUAUUCUUGGGAAAUAUUUCUAGUGGAACUGGCAAACACAGUUAGUUACAGAGGCAUAGAGACAGAGAAAAGGCGGAGUAGUACAUUUGUUUUUGGUUGUAGUUGGAGACAUUUAUACAACCUCUAACUGACGAUAUCUGAGGGACCUAUCUUGGGCAAAAGUAAGGCAAUACACCUACUAAUUUAAUAAUAAGGCCAAUAAAUUUUGUAUGAAAAGUAA